AUGGACACCGUCAUCGCAAAUCAGCAAAAUCAUAGCAGGCGCUUUCCGCCGGAAAUUGAAAUCAUGUUUCUCCUCGCACGAAAGAAAGACCGCGAAUUCUUAGCUAAAUGUUCCCUCGUCUGUUCCGAGUGGCAUUUCAUCGCUCGACAAUACCUAUUCUCUUCCAUCCUCGUCCGUUCAUCUCAAAUCCAGGACCUCGUUGAUCUCGCCGAACGUUACCCCGAAAAUAGCCUCGUUGAUCGCCUAGUCAUAUUGAGAAUAUCCAGCGAAUCAUAUCGCCCAAUGCGGGAACGGCAAGGACCAUGGUAUAUCUCACCAGACAAUGGGCUUUGUGCAAAAACCUUCCAAUCCGUGACAUCCCUGUCCAUCGUCAACGUCAUGUUUCGGCACAUCUGGGAUCUAAUCGACGUCGUUUGUCAGUUUUCCGCCCUCGAAAAGCUUUUCAUUCGAUAUUGGCUCCCGUCCUCGAGCAGAGACCCUUUUCGAUCUACUGACCAGUCUCCUGCAAUCGCCCCAAUUCCGGUUGAGAGGUUUCCGAAGGGACUGAAGGCCGUCUCCCUUGACGUUGGGAGAAAUCUCAGUCUUUUCUACACCCUGUUGAUUGGACUGACCCCACAGGUAGAUGCGUACGAGAUAUGGGCUAUCGGAGGCGUCGAUUUACCGUGCUUGCAGGAAUGCAUUUUCACAGCCGGACAGAGGGGACCGGAUGGCCAGAAGUGGGAGCUUGACUUCGCGGAUCCACAUUUGAGAUCGGGAGAAAGUCUCAUACAUUAUCUCAACCUCCCCAGAGACAACAACAAGAUCUCCAGGCUUCGUUUGGGAGGGUUUUUGUCGUGGAAUGGGGCUACUAGUUUGUUUAACUCGUUUCGAUCUUAUCCGGUCGAGGAACUGGGGAGGUUGGAGUCUAUUUCCCUUCCGCAGGUCCGGUUGAAGGUGCCGGAAUACCGAGAAGAUUUGGUUGCGUUGGAUCGUGCAUUAGAUUCCCCGUAUUUUUCUCAGUUGAAGGAAGUACGAUUCUCUGUCCUACCCGACCACUCGGACGUGAUAGGAUCUGUCCGUGCGUUUUCUAAACUGGUAAAGCAUCACUGCCAAAGGAAGCGGCUUUUCAAGCCGCGUGUGACCAAGUUAGAUGGUCGCUGA